GCAUUGCCUGUUGAAAUUAAAAGCUGAAAACUGACUGAAGCUGGGAGUGGGGUUUCGGCUCCCUGUGGAAUGCCUUCUUGCAACUAUCAGACUUAGAACAAAAUUAAUCAAAUAAGGUUCCAUAUUAUUCAUACAGAUGGCAUGAUCCUGAGUGAAGAAUUUUAAUUUCUUUCAGCAGUACAGCCUUGCCUAUUGUCUUCCUUGGACUUCAGCUUGAAUAGUUUCCUUUAGUGUUUUUCUCUAGAAACCGGUGCAAGUCAGGAUGUUUUGGGGUCCUUUCAUCUUCCUGUCUGUGCUAACUCUGGUCCACCACCCUUUGAUCGUCAGUGACCAUACAGACUUGACCACGCUGAACCGGCUCCAGGACCAUGAGGAGCGAAUGAAACAGGAAAUGGAGCUCUUGCGGACAGAGUUUGACCAGAAAGGCUGGACCUUGGAGCCGCUGAAGACUCCAAAAGACUGGAUUACAACUGAUCAACCUAUGGAUGAUGAAACCUGGGAUGUGUGGCACUAUGUGAGCCUUCUGUUCUUGAUGUGCUACAUAUACUCCUUGGAAGAGGAACCCAGUGAUGAUUCUAACACUGAUACCUUCAGUAGUACCAACAGAGAGGAGGAGGAGGAUACUGACAUGGAAAGUGAAACAUGUGGCAACAAGCAAAAAGUACUAGAGGCUUUCUGUGACUGCCUCACAGAUGUGGACACCAGUGACCUAACCCAUAUGUGCGAUUUUGUGGAGUCCUUUGUGAAUGACUUGCUGGAGGCCUGCCGGAAUUACCUUCCCUAUCAGAACACCCUUCCUCUGUUGGUGAACUGUAUUGGGGUGGACAGUGCCUUUGAAGGAUGGCACAUACAAGAAGAAGAAGAAGAAAAGACCAAGGCAUUCAGUGUACUGGUGCCGGUAGUGCCACCCAAGGGACACUAUUUCCAUUUGGAAACAAGUGCUUCUGAAGGCACCUCAAGCAAACAUGGACACAUCUUGGUGGAGAUGGAGUGUGUGUGCAAGAGAGAAAGAGGAGAUGUGGUAUGCUUCCUUCAUCAUCCUGAGCAAACGCUGAGUGAAGACAAGCAAGGUGCCUUCCUCAUGGAUGUUUUGUGUACCAGCUCCCACUUAGAUGUGGAUAAAACCAUCCACUGGUUCCAGAGUCUUGUGAGGAAGGCCUGGAAAAAUAUAAGUUAUAAGUACAAUCUUGAUCUCCUGCCCAAGCCUUCCAACACUGCAUGCAAGCUGAACCUGGCAUUUAGAUCUGGAAAGACAAUCUCUGUUGACAUCAUACUUGGAGUCCAGCAAGGAGACAGCUUAGUUUUCCUGGCCACCCAGGGUGCUGAGAUGGACCGUUCAGCUGGUACAGUUUGGCAGAGGACCUUUGCAAUCCAGGAGCUGCUCUUUUUCAAAAGGGUAAACCAGCAAGUCCCAGAGGAGAGCUGCCACCUGAAAUGUUUACAGAUCAUCCUCUACCUCAAAGAGUCCAACCCAUCAGAUGGGAAGAACCCUGUGCUCACUGACUACCAUUACAAGACUUGUCUGAUGCAUCUCCUGCUCUUUCGGCCCCUCUCAGACUGGGCCCGUGAAGAUAUUGUGCAAAGGCUGCAGGACAUCCUCUUAUUCAUGCAUACUGCCCUGCAGGAGAAAGGUCUUAAGCACUUCCUGAUUGGAAAUGUCUCCCUGCCCAUUCAGAUACCUAUGCCCAAGGCUCUUCGCACUGCUGUACCUGUCAAUCUUUUUAAGCACUUGGCACAAGACCCCAACCUUCAUGCUGAGGCAAUGAGGGAGUUUGCGGAGGUUGUACGGCAAGUGUGGACUCUGGUGACAGACUGUGAAGAGUAGGAAAGGACACUUACAUUAGAAACGCUAUGUUGGGGGGGGACUUGCUCUAAAAGGACUGGUAAAGAAAGCAAAGCAGAUAGGAAGCAACGGCAUCACAGAUCCCAGAAUGGUGUCUAUCUUCACAGGUUUCCUAUGCUUCACCUUGAUUUCGGGAAACGUGGCAAUGCAAGUCAGCUCCCAUUCCUAGUGCCAGCUAGUCUUCUGUAUUUUUAUGCACUCAAGGAAUUUGCUCUGUUAGAGUUGAAAUAGAAGUUCCAACAAUAACUGUUGUGCUGUGUUUUUCCCCCCUGCAACUAGCAUUGAAUGAAAUCAGCCUCAUACCCUUUCCCUAGGUCUAACUCAAGACAACCCUUCAACUAGUAUAGGCGGACAACUAAUAACUAUGCCUGUUUUGGAAACUUCCCACUGCUGUCGCUUCAAUGAAUUAGGAAGGAAGGGGGGGCACUAGGUACAUUGUAUUUCUCAAAGCUGGAACUGUGUGGCUGGGUGACUAUGUAACCCUGACAUAUUCACACCUAUGUCAAACACACAAGACUUUGUGUAACACAUAUUUGCUUAUCAGUGAGGCCAGCAUAAAGCAGUGGUCCACACAAGAGUGACCCUUUCUGAUGCCAGCUUGCUCAUCACCCAUUAUCUCUUCCUUUUCCAGUGCAUCAGUUUUUUCUACAAAAGAGAUGCGUAUAAGCAAUAUAAAAGCACAACUUUAAAAACAAUACACCUAAAAUUAGAGCAAUUUCUGGGUUGAGCCAGAAAGGGUAACAAACAUAAUUUAAAGAAAACCCUGCAAGAAUAGAUCUGCUACAGGAAAGGCAGAAAUGAUAGUGGCUAAAACUGAUCUUCCUAGGAAGGUCACUGCAAAAAUACCAUGCCCUUUUAUGACUCUUCAAUUAUUUUUCUUAAAACUGUACAAAAUCAAAAAAAAUUUUAAGGAAGGCUGGAGUAGAUCUUCCUGGGACCCUAGAGAGCUGUAACCAGUCACUGUAAGUUUGUAUGUGCUGUUAAGCCACAACCAGCUCAUAAGUGAUCCCAGUAAGGAGUUUUCACUCCCCACCAGUCAGAGUAGGCUGCUUUAAGUUUAACUCAGUACAAGACUACUUCACUGACUCAGGGUCUUACAUCUGUAAUAACACCUGUUGUCCUCCUCCUCCUCAAAACCAAUUUAUGUUCUUGCCUCUUCUUCCAAACUAUACUGUGCUA